AUUGGUGGCACCUGUAAACUUGGCUGGGAGGUUUCUUCUCGUACGUGGCAAACAACAAGCCGAUGUACGUCACGUCUCUCUCGUUCUGUUUUGUGCAUUCCAUUUUCCUUCUUUCGUGUUUGCUUUCCUCGGGGCUUUUUGUUUUGUUGCCUUUCCUUCUACUAAUUGCUGAAAGCUCUGCCCUUUCGUCCCGCAAAAUUUGACCUUAACCCCUCUGUCUUCUCUCCGUCCUUUCAAUCCUGCGGCCUCCGCUCUCAGUUGUCAAAGUUAGCAGAACUCUGCUCUUCUUGGGACCCCUUAUCUUACCUCUUCUUAGCUAAUGGCUAUGGAAUUAACCAGGUGGAAGUGAUUAGAAUCUGACCAAAUUGUGCCGCAUAGCUAAACAGCUUAGCAUAUUUGUGGGUUAACGUGUGCCCAAGAUGGAUCUAAAAGGCAUCACCUGGGUCGGAGAUGUUUAUGAGAAGUUCGAAACUAUGUGUUUGGAAGUGGAAGAAACUAUGUAUGAGGACACAGUUAACUAUGUGGAGAAUCAAGUGCAGACAGUUGGUGCUAGCAUGAAGAAGUUCUAUGCAGAAGUCAUGCAGGAUUUGUUACCCCCAGGCUCGGAAGAUCCUGCAAAGGGGACUACUUCUGGUAGGUCUGAAGAACUAUACACUGAUCUGGGGAUAUACCUGAAGCCGAAAGUGACCAUGAAGAACAAUUUUAUUAAGUUUCACGAUAAGGGGCAGUUGAGUGAGCCUUUGAUAAAACAAACUUUCGCCCGAUGGAACAAGGAGGCGCAAGAGAGAGCGGCUGCGAAGGCGGAAGCGCCGCCAGCGGCGGCGGCUGUCGUGGUGGUAGAGGCAGCGGAGGUGGUGACCGCGCGGCAGUGGGAGGCGCUGCUGAGCUCGACGGGGGACGGCGGGUCGGUGAGGAGGCCGGCGCAGGGGGAGGAGCGACGACCUUCACGGCGGGACGAGGGGGCGAGCCGCCGGACGGAUCGCUGGUCAGCGGAGAAGGAGACGACGAUGGCGGGCGGCGUCUCGAGUAAGAUGAAAAGGAAGGAAGAGGUUGGUGGCGGCUGGGGCUCUCUUCUCGCAUACCCUAGCUCGCUUGAUUUGGGCCAAGGAGCACAACAGGAGCAGUUGGGCCAAGCAAAUGGGCCUGCCCCUUCUCCUGCAGCCAAUGUCUUACUUGGGCCAAAGGGAGUGGCUGGUUUGUUGGAGAAAGAAGAUAGAACCGUAAAAAAUGGGCUCAAAUCGUUUGGCCCAUUUGUGAAGGGAAGCUGUUGCGGUUUGGGCCACAAGUUGGCAAGUGAGGUGAUGGUUGUUGGGCCAAAACUUGGACGUAGCUCUAGGCCAGAGUCGAUCUGUCAAGAUGACAUGUCAGGGUUUGCUUCUCCUGUUACUAAAUCUUUUUCACGUAAGCACUCAACUAUAAGUCACGAAGCAUCAUUUGAUCAGCUAGCUACACUUGCAAGUUCAGGUUCUGGCCAUAUUUCUGGACAUGACCCUGUUGAAAAAAGCAACACUGAGGUGGUUGAGCCAAAAGCAGCAGUGCCUGUUCUUUCAGCUGGUUAUAUGUUCUCUGAUAGAGCCAAUGCACUAGAGUCGGGGAAUUGUGAGCGUUUGGAUGCAAGACUUCCUUCUUCCGAUAACCCUUUAGCAGAAUCAAAUGGCACCUAUGUGUCUGAGGGUGAGUCCUCUACAAAUACAACCGCACUAUCCAGGAAGUUUGCUUAUACCGAGGACUACACUUCUAAUUCAGGAAGGCCCAGCGACUGGGAUAUAAACAUGAUUGUUGACGAUGGUUCCACUUAUCAGCAGGACCCGGGAAUUUAUGGACAAACUGACCAGUCAAAUCUCGAGCAGAGUUCUAUUGAUCAAGAAAUGGAAAGUAAUCAACAGGUUGACCUGGCCUUGCUCGAGGAAACGUGCGUUGUUGUCAGUGAAGAUGAAUUUGAUUUUGUAUCUCACCCUAAAGGAAAAGGUUAUCCUUACAAGAAGAGAUUGAAGCAUGUUUUAAGGUCAUUGAGGAAGCAGCAACAAGAAAAACUUGCAGAAUUGAAGUCUGUUGCGAGAGGUUCAGCAUCAGGUGCUACGAGUGUGGGAGCUGCCAAAUCCCAGGCCCUCGAAGCUGAAUGGGAGCUAAUAUAGUUAACGAGAUGCCCAUUUAUUAUUUACAUAUUUAUGUACAGCAUAAUUUUCACCAGCUUAUACAGCCUCCAUUAGUGUGCAUAUAAAAGGCUUAGUAGAGAAAUAGUUUCAUUAGCUAUGCUGGGGAAUUGGGUAUUGCAUAAUGUAACUUCUCUAGAUGCUGUAAAUUCGUGUAACCACUCAAUCGUUAAUUGUAAAAGUAGCAAAUGUAUUAUUAGAUGGCUGAUCGCUGCUGCUA